AUUCAUAUUUCAUCUUCCCUCUUCCUCUUUCUUCUCCUCUUCCAAAUCCCAAUGGCUUCGUCCCGAAAUCUCUACAACCGCCACAAAAUCGGUGAAGCCAUUCCCCCUUCCGCCAAAUCCAAAGCCGCGAAUCAUAAUGCAAUCACUAAAAGCACUUUCCGAUCAUUAGUAUUCUCCAUUACAGCCCCUCUUAUUCUCACCACCACCAUUAUAAUUUUAUUCGGUUCAGGCCCCAAGUACCGUGCCUCGGCCAAGCCCUUCUGGUUUCCCCCUCUGUGGCUGAUCCACUUGGCCUCAUUGGGUUCGUCUUUUUUCAUGAGCCUGGCUGCAUGGCUCGUCUGGGCUGACGGCGGGUUUCAUGAGCAAGCCGACGCGUUGCCGCUUUACAUUGCGCAGUUUUCGUUGAGCGUCAUUUGGGACCCUCUGGUGCUGGUGAUUGGGGCGGUUUGGCUCGGGUUGUUCUUUUGUGUUAUACAUUUUGGGACCCUUUUUGCAUGCUACAAAACGUUCAAGAAAGUGAACCCAUUUGCAAAGGAUCUGGUGAAACCCUGCUUGGCUUGGAUGGGAUUUCUCACCAUUGUUACGUAUAAGCUUAUUUAUCUUUGAAGCUUUUCUUUUUAUUCCAUUUUUUGUUUUACAUUUUGAGGGACUAUUUGGCUCUGAUUUAUCUAUGGCCAUGAUCAGUACAAUGAAAGUGUUUUUUUAUUUUUUUUCCUACGGAAUUUCCAAUUUUCUUA